AUGUCAGAUUCUGGAAAUAGGUCACUUAGUCCGAGAUCGACAUCGGGGCCAACUUCAUCCGAAAGAGGCAGUGAUUCGUUUAGUAAAAAUGGAGGCACCAUCGGUCGCGUUUUGAACUUCUUUAGAAAGAGAAGCCAUGAAGACUCGAAACAAGCGGAGCAACAGCAGAGUGGAAGUAAUACCCAGCAGCUAAGAAGGGCAAACCCCGUUCCUCAGUCCGAGAAAAAAGAUUACAAAGACUGGAAGACGAUGUUGAGCAUUGCCAAUGAGCCCUUAAAUAAUUCCUUUGAAGCAACAAAGAAACGUAGGAUGCUGACUAUUCAGGCACUGAAAACAGCAGCUAUGAAUACUGGCUCUAUUCCCAGGUCAGCCUCUAUUGUGGAGCCAGCGAAUGAAGGGGGUCUCUUUUCCAGCAUUGGCGGAAGUUUGCUCAAUGGCGCUGGCAAUGGUACGGAUGACGUUGGAACUAAUUUUGGGGCAGCUGGGAUUGGUGCAAGUGGAAUGCCUGGAGGCUAUCUUACGUUUUUCAAUGCAAGGCAAGCUCAACGAGAUCUGCUCAAUGACUUAGAGCAAAGAAGAAGAAGCAUUAUUGACAGAGAUGUGCAUUAUUAUGCUAUAGAAACUCCUGAGAGAAUACUUGAAGAACCAACAGAAAAUGAUAAGCUGGACAAGGAUUACGGAGAAUUGGUAGAUAGUGAUCAGCCCGCUUCAAGAUUGAUAUCGCCAAUGGAUGGAGUAUUGGUUCAUCCUCCAAACCAUAUACAUUCUCAACUUCAAACGGAACAUGGCUCUGAAGCUGAAAAUAAUGAUGAUGAAAUACAUAAUAAUGAGAUCGUAAAAGUUGACCAAACACAACAGGGAGAGGGUAACUUACCCUUAAUUAUAGAACACGAAUUUGCACCCUUGUACCGUGAUGUAAAUGGUAACUUGGUGCGGCCACCAUUUAUAAAUCUUGAUCCAAGAGAAAGAUAUCAAUUGCUUCAAUUGAAAAAAUCUGUUGAAGCAUCGGAGUCUUUACAAAACAGAAUCAAAUAUAUGACCAAUCCUUUGGAGACGCAUUCUAAGCGAAUUCCGCAAACGAAUAAGGUCGAAACAUCUACCCAAACUCACGAUUUAAAUUCUUUGUCUAACAGCUUAAACUUUGUACGGAAGAGACGAAUUGAGAGAGAUGUAGUUUCAGAUGAACCAAGAACAAAGAAGACAAAAAACACUAAUGGUUACUUUGUAUGUGACUUUGAUUAUGAAGUUGCCGAAGAGCCACCAAAGAAAAAGAAAUCAAGUAGCAAUUUGCAAGGCUACUUAGGUGAAGUGUCUACUCCUUCAAUUAAAGAUAAGCUUCCAAAGGAAGAAGGUGCAAAGAGUACGUCUCAAAGAUUUGGAUUGGAUGAUCUCUUUUCAGGUAAAAAAUCUAGAGAGGAUGUGAAACUUGAUUCAGAAUACUUGGCAAAUUCUAAAUAUAGAGAAAAGAAAGCAACUGUUGAAAAUGUUGCUCUGGAGAUGCCAAAGUCGCUGCCUUCGCUUUUUACAACAAAGACCCCUCCCGCUUCAUCUUCUGGGACUGCAUCAGCUCCAAUUGAAACCAAAACGCUCUUUGGUGCCUCAAGUAGUACUGGAGGCUCAGCUCCAGCACCUCCCUUGCCAUCUUUCAGCUUUGCAAAAAAAUCAUCUUCUGAAGAACAGGAUGAUCCAAAGCGAAAGCGUUCUUUACGUGAUUUUGAUGAAUCUAGCAAACCUAAACCUACAUUUUCAUUCGGUGCUGCUAGCGAAGCAUCAAAAUCCACGUCUGGUAAUUCUAAACCUGCACUUAAUUUUGGUAGUAAGAGCACUGAGCUAAAGUUUAAUUCCCCCGCCAUUACAUCUGAUGUCAAGGAAGAUCAUAAGAUUUCAGAAGCUGUCCCUCAGAAACAGACUUUCAGUUUUGGGGUUCCUGAUAAGAAAGACGAAACUAAGGUUGAAUUUUCAUUUGGAUCUAAAACCACGGAAAAGAAAGAUGACGUUCCAAAGCUUAAUUUUUCAUUUGGUGCUGCUCCGGGUGAAAGUUCAGAGAAGAAAGAUGAUACAUCUAUACCAAAACCUCUAUUUUCAUUUGGAGCACCUAGUGCUAAUGCGGACAAGAAGACUGAUGUACAAAAUCCUGCAUUCUCUCUAGGGGGAACUACUGCAUCUACAGAAAAGAAGGAUGAUUUGCCAAAACCUUCAUUUUCAUUUCUGGUUGAAGAGAAAAAGGAAGACUCAGUAAAGCCUGCAUUCUCAUUUGGUUUGGAUAAGAAACUGGAAAGUACUAGUACCGACAAGGGUACAUCUCAAUUAAAAGGAGGAGAAAGAGGUGACACCAAAGCAGCAUUUUCUUUUGGUUCUAGCAUAGCUCCCAAGGAAGGUACUUCGAGCCCAAGUCCAAACUUUUCCUUUGGAAGUUCAACUGCUCCAGUAUCGACAGAGAAGAAUAAUGAGACUCCAAAGCCUGCGUUUUCUUUUGGAGAAACAAAGAAUGCACCUACGAAGCCUGCAUUCUCCUUUGGUGCGGAAAGUUCAGCUUCUUCGGUUACUCCAACAUCAUCGGAUAAAAAAAAUGAUAACGUUCCUGUAUUUAAUUUCGGAACUACAGUUAAACCUGCAUCGCCAUUCACAUUCGGAAGUUCCAAUACAGCUCAGAAUACCACAGGGAACAUAUCCACGGAUCAAGCAAGUAAGCCUGCGUUUUCUUUUGGAGCUAAUUCACAACAACAAAAACCAGCUUUGCCUUUAACAACUCCCAAUCAAGUUGGCGCUGGAGUCAAUCCAAAAGCAAGUUCUCAGUCUCCAGCACCAUUUAGCUUUAGUAGUAAUGGACCUGGAGCUUCACCACAAGUAGAAACGCCCAAGCCAAUUUCUACAGCAUUUUCGUUUGGAAAUAAUAUUUCAAAUGGAUCAAAUGGCUUCGGAGGAGGAUCUACAUUUAACGUAUCUACCCCGCUUAAUGACAAAACUUUAGGUGGUGGGCUUGCACAGUCUCUGCAGCAACAACAGAUUCUGCAACCAUUUUCUUUUGGUCAACCCAAUUCAGGGGUAUCAUCAUCUCAACAAUUUGCUUUUGGAACUGGUGCGCCAGUUGGAACCGCGGUAUCUAAUCCAAAUUCAAGAGAAGUUUCCCCUGCGUUUAACUUUCAAAAAAGUGGAGCCUCCUCAUCACCAAAUUUAAAUGUAGGAUUCCAACACCAAACUCCUAUCCAGCCGCUGCUUGUUCCUAAUAUAAACUUUGCGAGCGGAGGAAGCGCGUCAGCUGAUCCAUCAGCCAUAUUUUCAUCUACAACACCACCACCUACCACUGGAACACCUCCACUCGUGAGAGGUGGCCGUAGAAUAGCACUUCCAAGAUCGAGAAGGAGAUAA